ACCUCCCGGAGCCUGGCUAGGUCUGUCUGACCACUUAGGCCAGGGUCGGGGAGUGCAGGAAGGGUCAGAACCCCCGCAGCCGGCGCCGAAUGAGGUGAAGGGCAUGCACUGGCUGGACUAGACCAGAGAUAGAGCUGGCUCGGUCCAGAGGAAACUCGCCGCAGGGACUGACUACGCCCCCGCCCUCCAGCCCGCCGGGUCUCCCAGGAACAACGAGAUGAGGGGAGGCCUAGCAAGAGCGCCGCCGCCGCCCAACCUGCGCCUGCGUACCGCCGCGGCCCUGCCCCUCAUCGUCCGGCAGCCAUAGAGAGGCGGCCGUGCGAGCCAGGAGGCGGGUCCAGUCUCAACGUGCCCGCCCAUCCCGCCGCGACGUCAGACACGCCGGCUUCUCAGGGGCCUUCCCUACGUGCUUUGCGACCCGUCGGUCUUUCCUGGUUGGGCCGGUGUUCGGGAGGCCGCCAGCAUGGGAGUAGAUAUACGCCACAACAAGGACCGGAAGGUCCGGCGCAAGGAGCCCAAAAGCCAGGAUAUCUACCUGCGGCUGCUGGUCAAGCUGUACCGGUUCCUGGCCCGCAGAACCAACUCGACGUUCAACAAGGUUGUGCUGAAGAGACUGUUCAUGAGCCGGACCAACAGGCCCCCCCUGUCCCUGUCCCGAAUGAUCAGGAAGAUGAAGCUGCAGGGCAGGGAGAACAAGACCGCCGUGGUGGUGGGCACCGUGACUGACGACGUCAGGAUCCAGGAUGUGCCCAAGCUGAAGGUGUGUGCCCUUCGGGUCACCAGCAAUGCCCGAAGUCGCAUCCUCAAGGCUGGUGGGAAGAUCCUCACCUUCGAUCAGCUGGCCAUGACAUCCCCCAAGGGCCGGGGCACCGUCCUGCUGUCUGGUCCCCGGAAGGGCCGCCAGGUGUACAGGCACUUUGGGAAGGCGCCUGGCACUCCGCACAGCCACACCAAACCUUACGUCCGAUCCAAGGGCCGAAAGUUCGAGCGCGCCAGGGGCCGCCGUGCCAGCAGAGGCUACAAAAACUAACCCCUUUCCUUGUUAUAUUAAAGUUUUUGGACACCA